CGCCUGCGGAACUGCGGAUCCGCGUUGCGAGAGUGCUUGGGGCUGUUUCCUUUGAAUGACCGGGAAGGCUCUCGACGCGUAAUAGCGCUCCUGCAAAGCUGCUUGCACGGAAAGGGCGCUGCGGGAAAUUCCUCUGGACACCGCCGACGUAGACAAAUCCAGUGUCCCUGGGCCCUCCCGGUUUUCCUGACAGGUUGAUUCCAAGUCAGCAUGUCCGCUUCAAUGAACGAAUGCCUUCAACUUCAGCUGCUGGAGAUGGAAAUGCUGUUUUCUAUGUUUCCUAACCAAGGAGAAGUAAAACUUGAAGAUGUCAAUGCCCUGACGAAUAUAAAGAGAUAUUUGGAAGGCACAAGAGACGCACUGCCACCAAACAUCGAAUUUGUGAUUACACUCCAGAUGGAGGAGCCCAAGGUGAAAAUUGACUUGCAAGUAACCAUGCCUCACAGCUACCCCUAUGCAGCACUGCAGCUAUUCGGACGGUCAUCCGAACUUGACAGACAACAGCAGCUCCUUCUCAACAAAGGUCUCACUUCUUACCUAGGGACUUUUGAUCCAGGUGAGCUGUGUGUGUGUGCAGCCAUCCAGUGGUUGCAGGACAACAGUGCCUCCUACUUCCUGAACAGGAAGCUCGUGUACGAACCAUCUACACAAGCAAAGCCAGUCAAGAACACAUUCCUCCGAAUGUGGAUCUACAGUCACCAUAUAUAUCAGCAGGACCUACGAAAAAAGAUUUUGGAUGUCGGGAAAAGGUUAGAUGUGACAGGAUUUUGCAUGACGGGAAAGCCGGGGAUAAUCUGUGUGGAAGGCUUCAAAGAGCACUGUGAGGAAUUCUGGCACACAAUUAGGUAUCCCAACUGGAAACACAUUUCCUGUAAGCACGCCGAGAGUAUCGAAACAGAAGGAAAUGGGGAGGACCUGCGCCUUUUCCAUUCUUUUGAAGAAUUACUUCUUGAGGCCCAUGGUGACUAUGGCUUAAGGAAUGACUAUCACAUGAAUCUGGGCCAGUUCUUAGAAUUUCUCAAAAAACACAAAAGUGAGCAUGUUUUCCAGAUAUUAUUUGGUAUCGAAAGCAAAAGUUCUGGCUCCUAGGAAGCUAUUAAGAGACCUAAGCUUGUAAUCUCGCUAAGUUAGUAUCUCUGUUAGUAAGACCAAAAUAAAAGGACCAGUGGCUGUUAAGCGUCAUCUGUGGGGAAGCUAGCUCCAGCAUUUUUCCCUGGAAAUGAAACACGGAAGGCUUUUAACUUUGUAACAGUGCAAUUGUGAUGUUACCUCUAUGUUCUUGUGUUCACUGAAAGCUAUUUAAUGGUAAAUUAAUAAAAACCUGUCAGUUAAA